UGAUUUUGAAAUUGUUGAACUAAACUUAAUUUAUGUAUUAUGUCAUAAAUUCACUCUGACACGUUUUUAUCAUCGUUGAAGUAUUUGUUGAUAUCAUGCUAAUAACUUACCUCAACAAUUUACAUGAUUAGAAAGUGUGGAAAGUGCAUUCUCUGAAUGACUAUUCCCACAUGCUUAGCUUUAAAAGAUAUCAUUAUUGAAAACACACAAUGACUAGUGUAACAAAGAAAAAAUAUGUGAAAACAGAAGUUUUAAAUACAUAUGAUCUUCCUACAAAUGAACAAAAGAUAGUGAAGGUUUUGCAAAGUUGUGGUAAUAAUUUGCAUGAAGUUAUUACUCCUGAAGGAGAUCAAUUUCUAGCAAGUAUGCCCACGAAAUUCAGAAAAUAUGUUUGGAUAAAAAGAGGUGACUUUGUUGUAGUUGAUCCAAUUCUGGAAGGUGUUAAAGUUAAAGGUGAAAUUGCUAUUAUUUUACGUAAAGACCAAAUAAAGCAUUAUAAAGAACAAGGUGUAUGGCCUAAAGCAUUUUCUGACCCAAAUGAAAAAGUAGUCAGACGUUCUUCAAAUUCUGAUGAUGAUGAUGAUUUAUUUGUAAAUACUAAUAGAUGUGAUUAUCCUACGUCAUCAUCAGAAGAGGAGGAGGAGGAAGAAGAUGAUGAAGAAUCGGAUGAUGAUGAAGCUGGCUAAUAAAAUUUUAUUUGAAAAAAAA